AUGACGAGGAGAUCACGGCGUCCACACACCAAAUCGUUCAACGGCUGUUCGACUUGCAAGCAAAGACAUGUCCGCUGUGACCAGAAUCGCCCUGAAUGUCAUAAUUGCAACAAGCGUGGUGUCCGCUGUGGUUAUCUUGACAGGCCGCCCAUAAUGGGGAAGCAUUCUUCCUCGGGAUAUUCCACUCCUCUCGUGCAUCCCAAUACAGAAGCAGUGGUCGAACAGUGGCACCGCACUGGCAUACCCCCAUUUAUAGAGCUCGUACAGUGUGUACCGACCGGAUGGUCCCGCCUCUCAAAGGGAGAUCUUUGGUUGGUACACAAUUUGACCAGUAUUUCGGUUCAUUUACACCGGCAGGGGCUGGGCGAUUGCACAGUAUGGACACCAAAAUUGCCAACGCUUCUAUCUAUCGCAAUGUCCAAUGAUUUUGUUAUGAGCUCCAUUUUAGGAUUCUCCGCAUUCCUAAUGGCACACCUGACACAGAAACGUGAAUAUAAAGUGUUGGGAUUUCGAUACAGAUCUAUGGCUUUUAACGGGUUCCGAAGCGCACUGAAAUCAUUUCCCUCUACAAAUUACGAUGGCUUACUUGCGGCUUCUGUUCUGCUCUCCUGGCAAGCCCCCGAUCGCGCGAGCUGGAUCACCAUGCAACAAAGCAUCUCUACAGUUUUACAGUCAGUAGAGUCGCUAUGGAAGCCGCAAUCAGAAAUAGUGCAAUUGGUGAGAUCGCAUCGUGCCUUGCCCCUACCAAGCUCUUGCUUUCAGCCAAACUGCCACUUUUAUUAUCUGGAUCAAACGAUUCGAGCGCUGCAGACGAACAUAGACUUGGUUUCUCACAUCCCCCCAAAUUCCGACCAACUACGCCGACUGAUUCAAUUUUUGAAUCGAUUUCGCUCUGAGUUCCUGAAUCAAACACCUGACAUGAUCUUUGAAGAACUUCAAACUCUGCGAAGAUGGAUCUUCUGGCUACCAAUCUCGAUGUUCCGGGACUCGGGCUUGGAUCUCAUUACGCUGGCAGUUUUAGCUCAAUUUUUCGUUGCUUCCGUGGUUCUUCUUCCAUUCUAUCCCAAUGCCAUUGAAACGGGCGACGCUUUUCUUUGUGCGCUGUCAAUCGGACCAAUAAAGGAAAUAUCCCGCAUCUUGGCGGCGAGAUGCACCCCUGACCCCUUGAGUAUUAACCAUCCUCUGGGGGCCCUAUUGAUGCAAUUUCCAAAAAGCAUACUCAAAAACUAUUCUUGUUGCGUAUUUUCACGCCAGCACAGCUUGGGGAAAAUUUAUUCGUACCAUGCAAACCCAUACGCCAUGCUUCAAGCGUAUCCUUCGCAGGCUGACCACCCAACGUCGGUGGCGCCGUCGUUCCUCACAGCCACUCAGUUAACCCAACAAAAUAUGCGGUCUGAUGUUGCUCCUAUUUCCACAUUAUCACAGUCGCCUAUCUACAGCCAGCUCUCGUAUACUGCGUUUAAUCGGCAGGUGGACCUAGAAGAGUUCGAUCCCUCAAGUGGUCUGCAUUAUCCUCUGCAUGUGUGCGAUACUGGUGGUAUCGACGCUGUCUACACCACCAACACACUGACACAUAUUGGUGGAUGA